GUGAAAAACAGGACAAACUAAGUUCAGAAGCAAUAUAUACUGCAAAACUUUGUUUAUUUAUGGACAAGUUAUUUGAUAUCAACAACAGUUCUACUUUUGUUUUACCUGAUAAAGAACUACAAAUUGCUAUAACUCAAUUCACCUCAUUGGGAAUUUUGGAAUGA